CCUUCACACCCACACACACCCACACACGUUGCUUGGUUCUCUCUUUCUCUCUCUAUACGAACCAUAAAACACGUAAGUAGAAUGGCUGAACAAACCACCGUCGCCGCCACCGUCUCGGAGUCGCCGUUAAAACGACCAAGAGAAGAAGACGAAAACGGCGUUACCACCGCCGCCGCCGCCUUUACAAACAUGUCGUCGGUCAUUCCUGGAUGGUUUUCAGAGAUUAGCCCAAUGUGGCCUGGAGAAGCACACUCUUUGAAGGUGGAAAAAGUCUUGUUUCAGGGUAAAUCUGACUAUCAGAAUGUUAUGGUAUUUCAGUCUGCAACGUAUGGGAAAGUUCUUGUUUUGGACGGUGUAAUUCAACUCACAGAGAGAGAUGAAUGCGCAUAUCAGGAAAUGAUUACUCAUCUUCCUCUUUGUUCAAUCCCAAAUCCCAAAAAGGUUUUGGUUAUUGGAGGAGGAGAUGGUGGUGUCUUGCGUGAAGUAGCUCGCCAUUCUUCUGUUGAGCAUAUAGAUAUAUGUGAGAUCGAUAAAAUGGUGGUUGAUGUUUCUAAAGAGUUCUUUCCUGAUGUAGCUGUUGGAUAUGAGGAUCCUCGGGUCAAACUCCACAUUGGCGAUGGAGUUGCAUACUUGAAGGCUGCUCCUGAAGGAAGUUAUGAUGCUGUUAUAGUCGAUUCAUCAGAUCCCAUUGGUCCAGCAAAGGAGCUUUUUGAGAAGCCGUUCUUUGAGUCAGUUGCAAAGGCACUUCGUCCUGGUGGUGUUGUUUGCACGCAGGCUGAGAGUAUAUGGCUCCAUAUGCACAUCAUUGAAGAUAUUGUUGCAAAUUGCCGCGAGGUGUUUAAAGGUUCUGUUAACUAUGCAUGGACAACAGUUCCCACAUAUCCAAGUGGUGUUAUUGGAUUCAUGCUAUGUUCAACUGAGGGACCUGAAGUUGACUUCAAGAAUCCGGUCAACCCAAUAGAUGAAAACGACAAGCAAUGCAAAUCUGUUGUACCCUUGAAGUUCUAUAACAAAGAGAUACACUCCGCGGCUUUCUGUUUGCCUUCUUUUGCAAAGAAAGUGAUUGACGCUAAGGCAGCAAAGUGAUGGCAGAAUAUUGUGAGGAUAGUUGUUGUAGAGUUCCGGGUUUUCAAAUGUUCAUCGUUAACACUUCAACCGAUUUUGAUCUGAUGUGGUUGAAAACCCUAUCACAUAAUAAGUUGAGGGUCUGUUUUUGGUGAAUGUGACCGUAUGUAUCGACUUUAGCAAGUCUUGAAUUUAGCGGUACUUGUUGGAUUUCGACUUUACUAGUAGAUGCUAGCGGUUCCAUUUUUAUUUUCUAUUUGCUUAA